CGAGGGCGACUAGCAUCCUUUUCUAACCACCGAUAUGGAGAUUGACCAAUUAGCAGCAACGUCAAUUUCCCUUACUUUCUGAACGAAGGCUUUUCUCGACGAAUCCGAUGAUCUCGUAUCCUUAGACACACCCCGUUAUAGUUUUCCUGUGUGGCAUCAUCGGGACGGGAAAGGCAUUCUCGCUCGCGAUCUCAUCGAUCAAAGAGUAACGCUUUCGCGAUCAGUGAUUAUUCUCAGACUUAGACUUUGUGAGUACGUUCUGUUGUCAUCCCGUUGGCCGCGGAUUCGUUAUUUAGCCCGAGAGCAUCGUCACUAGUGUCGCGAGUGCCGAACCGCCGUGAUCAAUUGUUAAGACUGUAAUAAUUCUAUCAUUGUAAUAAACUACGCCUGUGUGUACCGUAUCAAUGGCUAAUCCUCAAGAAGAUUCAUUUGACGCCCACAACCCCAUUUCCAGUGAUGAUCCGACAUCAGAAGUGGGAUCAGAACGGUUGCGAACGCUGGAAGGGCAGGUCGCUGACAUGAACAACCUAAUUCAUACGCUAAUGCAACGACCAAAUACGGGAAUCACCAAAUUACCACAUUUUAACCCAGAAGUCGCAGGCGUCGACCCAGCCGCGUGGUGCGCGGCUGUUAGUAGGGCCCUACAGAACAACCCCCUGCGAGAUGACGCACUACACUCUGCCUUAAGUGACUCUCUACAGGGUUCUGCAGCACAUUGGCUGGCGCGAACGACGGGAAACGGAGAAGUUACUUGGCCUAAAAUUAAGGAACGAUUCCUUACACAGUUCGGUGGCCGAGAGACGACGUCCUCAUCGUUAAUCAAGGUAUCCAGGGAACCGCGGGGAGCGGGCGAAUCCACGGGGGCGUUUGCUGGCCGUGUCCGUUCCCUCCUGCAGACGCGGUGGCAACAUUCUACGCUAGACGAAAUACUUAACGCUGUCACUCUCUACAUAUUAAUUCCACACGACCAACGUCUUAAACGAUUGGCCCUCACGAGCGAUAUCAGAACGGAGGACCAAUUCCUGAGCGAAAUGCGACCCUUCUGUUACGAAGAAGAGUCGACAUUUUCGCCGAGAUAUGCACCGGCGGAACCCGAAGCUAAGCGACGCAAGUUAUCGGGCCACCAGACGAGGUGUCAUUACUGUGGUACUCUCGGACACAGAAUAAAGGACUGCCGCAAGAGGAUGCAGAAUGAACAGCAGAGGGAUGCACGACGCCAGGAAGGAAACCGACCGGCUGCACCGUCCAAGGCGGUUUGCUACAGGUGUAAUGCGGAAGGCUAUAUCGCACCUAACUGCCCGGCGCGACGGGACGGUAGACCAGGCCCCAAGGAUGAGCGUAAAGUCAACUCCUGCGUGGUGGAGUCCCCAGCCGGUAGUUUAAGUCAUCUGGUUACACACGAGGACGUGUGAUAGUCAGGAUGGCCGUGUCGGAGAUGAAAGAACACCGGAGCCUUUGGAAUUUUGGAUAAUCCCGCAACAUUGCAACCUAGAGUCUACUAUAGCUGUAAUUGAACAAUUGUAGUUAUUCAACCCGAUUGUAAUUAUUCGAGAAUUGUGAUAAUGAGCUUGGGCUCGAGGCGACAGUCAGUCGCCGAACGUAGCCGCGGUCACGGGAUGAACGCUUUG